GAUUUUUUUGGUUAUUAUUUAUGUGAAGAAAUUAGCACCCUGUGGUGCUAUAUUGUCUAUAUGCGUUAUGUGUAUGUUCAAAAAGGAAAAGAAACUGAAGGUUGUUAUAAAGAAAGAGCGACAUUUGCUCCACAAGGUUAUCGAGAAGCUUGAAAUGUCUGUUGUGUCAACCUGCCUUGAGUGUGUCAGCAUGGGAAGAGGAAACAGGAUGGAGUCCUCUUGCCUGGACCUGGCUCUCGAAGGCGAGCGGCUCUGUAAGGCGAGUAACUAUCGUGCAGGCGUGUCCUUUUUCGAAUCUGCCAUACAAAUUGGAACAGAGGACCUCCAAAUUCUCAGCGCCAUCUAUAGCCAACUGGGAAACGCUUACUUUCACCUUCAAGAAUAUAAUAAAGCCCUAGAGUAUCAUCGACAUGACCUCACGCUAACCAGGACAAUUGGAGAUGAACUUGGAGAAGCUAAAGCUAGUGGGAAUCUUGGAAACACAUUAAAAGUUUUAGGACGAUAUAAUGAAGCUGUGGUUUGUUGCCAAAGACAUUUGGACAUCACAAAAGCUGUGUUUGAUAAGGUUGGGCAGGCUCGAGCGCUGUAUAAUUUCGGAAACGUCUACCACGCCAAGGGCAAGAGCAUCUGCUGGAAUGGAACGGAGCCAGGAGAUUUUCCAGAGGAGGCUAGAAAUGCCCUCGGGAAAGCAGCACAAUACUAUGAAGCAAAUCUGCUCCUGGUGAAGGAGUUAGGUGAUCAUGCAGCCCAAGGUCGGACCUAUGGGAAUCUUGGGAACACCUACUAUCUCCUGGGCGACUUUGAAAGGGCUGUAGCUGCACAUGAAAAGCGGCUCCUUAGUGCCAAAGAGUUCGGAGAUAAGUCUGCAGAGCGGAGGGCUCACUGCAACCUUGGGAACGCAUACAUAUUCCUGGGCCAGUUUGACAUGGCAGCUAGCCACUACAAGAAGACUCUGCAGCUGGCCAGGCUGUUGAAGGACAAAGCAGUGGAGGCUCAGGCAUGCUACAGUCUGGGAAACACCUACACACUGCUGCAGGACUACGAGAGAGCCAUAGAUUAUCACCUCAAACAUCUGGUCAUUGCUCAGGACCUUAAAGACCGAGUGGGUGAAGGAAGAGCGUACUGGAGCUUAGGAAAUGCCCACACUGCCCUGGGGAAUCAUGAGCGUGCUAUGUUCUUUGCUGAAAACCAUCUGGAAAUUGCCAAAGAGACUGGAGAUAAGAGCAGUGAGGUAACCGCCAGGAUGAACCUAUCUGACUUACGGCUCGUUGUUAACCUAAAGUCAAACUCCAACUUCAAUCACCUGUUGAGCAACACCAACAGCUCUGGUGUGGCAGAAAACAUUCAGGGUUACAUCAACCUGUCAGGUAUUCAAGCAGGAUGCAAGUCUUCCUUGAGGAGAAAAGGGAGUGCAGAAAACCUGCAACGUGGUCAGAGUCUUGAUAAAACUGAAAAAGUAGAGCAACAUCAGGACUGGGAGGAGCAUCUGUUUCCUGGCUCAUCAAAAAACAACACAAUCAAGGCAUCUACCAAGCUUUUUCUCUUCCACCGACUGAAAAGCAAGAAGCAUAAGAACAGCAAAUCUAAAGAGGACUUGGAAAACUACAGUGAGCACUCAGUCCCUGAGCAGGGAUCACCCGUGCCUUCUAAGUCAACACAGCACGAUACCAUAGGGGAAGACACUUUUUUCGACCUCCUCUCCCGUUUCCAGGGGAGCAGAAUGGACGACCAAAGGUGUUCACUGGGUGGCCAGAGCCAUCCCUCUGCCCAACCCUCCCCUUCCUCUAACCUACCUGUAGCUGAGGGGAAAUGUAUUUCAGAGCACGAAACUCCAUCACAGGAUCCUGGUCAUUUCCUGGAGCUGCUGGCCAGCUCCCAGGCCCGUCGUCUGGACGACCAAAGAGUCAGCCUCAGCCAGUUUCCUGGCUUGCGUCUCAGCAGCUGCAACCUGCCUCCUACACCCUCCACCUCCAGCAAAGACCAAGCCCAGUCUCAAGCACUAACCUCCAGUGCAGAUACUCAUCUCGCACCCUCCCUGUACAACCACCUCGAGGACAAUGCUGAAGGGCCAGAGGGAGAUGAAGUCUUUUUUGACAUGUUGGUGAAGUGCCAGGGCUCCAGACUGAAUGAUCAGCGGUGCGCUGCUCCGACCUUUACAGCUAAGGGCCCAACUGUUCCAAACGAGGAUUUUUUCAGUCUCAUCCUGCGUUCCCAGUCCAACCGGAUGGAGGAGCAGCGGGUUCCGGCUCCCUCUGAAGUCACUCAGACCAAACCAGGCUGACAGAGAUUCAGGACAUCAAAUGAAGUGGAUUGACUCAUCCCUUUUUGAUUGUUCUGACAACAUUCCUGAAAGUUGAUGUGUACAACAUAAAUCACAUGAAGGAAUGGAGAUUUCAGAAAUGGCUAAAAGGGAACUGUAAAAAUAAUUUUUGAAGAAUUGAUUUUUUUUUUUUUUUCACUUUGGGUCACAAAUUGUUUUAAUCAGUCCUUUCAAGUGACAUCCGCACACUCUGGAGGAUUAUGUCAAAACAAGUCAUUAUGCGGUAUUGAGACUUGACUGACAAAACAAAAAAUCUGUUUUUUAUUUACAGACUUUAUUUUAAUAAUAAUAUUUUGUGAACCUUUAGUUUCAUACAACAACAAACCUGAAAAGAGCAUGACUCACCUUGCACAUUUUACAACUUUAUUUGGGACAGCUGUCUUUGAACUGCCCUGAGAUCCAUCUAGAAGCAGCUUUUCACAGAUGGGUCAAACAACUCCUCUGAUCCGGAGAAAACUAGAGGCCAAAAUGCUACAAUGCUGCUGGGCAGUGGAGCCAUGUACAGUACCAGUUAUUCUACAUUCAUUGACUUUCACUGUGUAAGGCUGUAUGGAUUAUCUUAUCACUAUAAAUUGAGAUUUUUAUGCAUUGCAACAAACUUACAGAAGGUUAACCAGAGUGUCAGUGGAAAAAAUUGAUUUUAUACUGAUUCUCCUGACAAUGGAGAAAUAAAAUUAUUCAAUUUACAUUUCA